AUGGCUUCAGUAAAAGACGUUGCAACAUUAUAUCAAAAUCUUAAAACAGAGUGGGCUAAGAAACCACGCAAACUUGACAAAUGCGGUGAGCUGCUGAACAAAAUAAAGAUAGCGUUAACACAGUUAACUUUCCUACCGAGUAACAAUGCUGCCGCUAAUCAGAAAGAGUUGAUUUUGGCUCGUGAUGUUUUGGAAAUUGGUGCUCAAUGGGCAGUUGCUGCGAAGGAUGUGAAAGCAUUCGAGCGAUUCAUGUCUCAACUGAAAUGCUACUAUUUUGAUUACAAAGACCAUCUACCCGAGUCAGCAUUUAUGUAUCAGCUUCUGGGACUCAAUUUAUUGUUCCUGCUCUCUCAGAACCGUGUUGCAGAGUUCCAUACUGAGUUGGAACGUCUUUCAGUGGAUGUGAUUAGGGCUGACCCUUACAUUAGACAUCCGCUAGCUUUGGAACAGUAUUUGAUGGAAGGCAGCUACAAUAAGAUAUUUUUGGCUAAGGACAAUGUACCAGCCGAAAGUUACACCCUUUUCAUGGACACUCUCCUAGAUACUGUCCGAGGGGAGAUUGCUGCGUGCAUUGAGAAAGCAUACCUCUGCAUUUCAUGCGCUGAAGCUGCCCGCAGACUGAAUUUACCAUCUCAACAAGCUGUGCAUGAAUAUGGCAAGAAGCGCAACUGGGUUCUUGGCCCAGACAACUGCUAUCAUUUCAAUGCUGCCGAAGAGACGUGUGCCGCCGCCGCUGGAACGCUCCCGUCUCCUGAACUCGCUGGCCAAAUCAUCGAAUAUGCUAGACAUCUUGAGAUGAUUGUGUAG